GCUCCUGACAUCCAUCUUACCAACUCUUCCCAGACGCGCAGAGAAAUAUGUUUGACGACGAGGACGAGAUACCCACGCUCAUUGAGCACGAAGUUCCCCCAGCACUUGAUGACCCAAGUGCUUUAGCCAGCAAGAGGGUGCCUCUCACCAUAAUAUGCGGGUUCCUCGGUGCAGGCAAAUCCACACUCCUCAAACGGAUCCUCACCGAAAAGCACGGCUAUCGCAUCGCCGUCAUCAUGAACGAAUUCGGUGACACCGCGGAUAUUGAAGCCAAAGCCAUCAACGUGUCCUCACCUGAUGAUCCGGCCGCGCAGUCAGAGGAGUUCCUCGAGCUCGCGAACGGCUGCCUGUGCUGCAGCAUCAAGGAUGCGGGUUUGGCGGCAAUCGAGAAGCUCAUGGAGCGCAAGGGCGCCUUCGACCAUAUCUUGCUUGAGACGACGGGGCUCGCGGAUCCAGGCCCCAUCGCAAGCAUGAUCUGGCAUAAUGAGGAGUAUGCGCUCGGAUUGGGCAAGGAUAUCGCUUUGGACGGCGUUAUCUGCGUCGUCGAUGCGGUCUUUGGCAAGCAGCAAAUGGAAGAGGAUUCUUCGUCAGACGAUUCCGAGGUCGGCGAGAGUCUUCGUCAAAUCGCCGGCUCCGACAUUAUUUUGCUGAACAAGGUUGAUCUUGUAUCGCCUGACACCCUCGCUGCCACGGAGGACCUCAUUACGAAGGUGAACCCCGGCGCGCCCGUGUACCGCACCGUGCGCGGUCAGAUCGACCUCGGCAAGCUCAUGGGGAUCAGAGCGUACGGUUCAGCGCCGGUAAUUGCUGAAGAUGACGGUGACGACGGAUCUACUCCCGCGUCGAAGGCAAACGACCCUAUAACGCACACGGGUUCAGUAGCGCACUCCGGCGCAGCGCGCGAACACGAACACGGCCCGGACUGCAGCCACGAUCACGAUCCCAGCACCCCUCAUGCUCACAGGCAACCGCACAGCACGCACUACGAGGUGCGCGGCAUAUCGAGCUUGCGCGUGAACGUGCCGCCCUUGACGCCGGACGCGCUCGGCGAGCUGGAUGGGUGGGUGCGCGAGGUGCUGUGGGAGGGGCGGCUGCCGGAGUUGUCGAAGGACACCCCGCCGGAAACGUCGAAGGACACCCUGUCGGAGUUGCCGAAGGACACCCUGACGGAGUUAUCGAAGCAGGGACGGUUGGCGGGGGAGGGGGCGGCGUCGACAGGAGCGGCGGUCGCGGACCCAUCCCUGUCUGCCGCCCCGAAGGAGGGUUCGCCAUCGAAGCAAGAAGGCUCAUCGCCGAAGAAAGAAGCCGCGACAGACCCAGUACAGAAGAGAGAUCCCCUCCUCGUCCUGCGCUGCAAGGGCCUCUUCGUCACGACGACUGGCGAGCGGUACGUCCUGCAGGGCGUGCGGAACAUGUAUGAUCUGUUCAAGGCGGAGGAUAAUGGACCCAAGGCAGAUGAUGAUGUUUCCGGUGUGCCCAAAGAGGGCAAGCUCGUCUUGAUCGGCAAGGGUUUGGGCGAAGAUGUACGGAGGAGCUUGGAGAGGUUGUUCUGGGGAGGGAAGGAGGCGAAGGAGCUGAGUUGAACGCGUAUCAUCAAUGCGGCGCUGACACUGGCUCGACAUGCGAAAUGAUUCUCCCUUGGCUUGUACCGCUAAGGUGUGCUGCAAUGCUCAAGACUAGUAUGAAACAUCCGUCCUUCCAUCCUGGUCCAGUCUGCGUACAAUACGAAUUCAUCGAUCGCGGCCCGACGUCGUGCUUGCGCCCUUGCUUUUGUGGUAGAUCAGCACCAACCGUGCUCGAAUAUUACCGCGAAGUACGUCGCAAUGCGUAAGCUCUAUUCAAGAACUUGCGCCGAAAGUUUGUUUCUUGAGCUGAGA